AUGGAGGAGGGUCAUGAGGCGGGUUGUGCCAGCAGGCAGCUUGCCCGCUGCCCCUCCGACGCGAGCUGGCGUGCCCUGCCUGGCUGGGUGGGCGCGCUCUGCGCAGCGGCCGGCACGUCCCGCGUGAGGGUGGCGGAGACCCAGCCGGCGGGGACGGCGGUGGUGGCGGUGGCGGCCCAGGACCCCGACGGGGGCGAGGCGGGGCGGCUGGUGUACUCCAUGGACGCCCUGAUGAACAGCCGCUCGCGGGAGCUCUUCAGCAUCGACCCGCGGGCCGGGCUCAUCACCACCACGCAGGCCCUCGACCGCGAGAGCAUGGAGCUGCACUACUUCCGCGUGACGGCCGCCGACCACGGGGCGCCCCGGCUCUCCGCCACCACCAUGGUGGCCAUCGCCGUGGCCGACCGCAACGACCACGACCCCGUCUUCGAGCAGGGCGAGUACCGGGAGACCAUCCGGGAGAACGUGGAGGAGGGCUACCCCAUCCUGCAGCUGCGGGCCACCGACGUCGACUCCCCGCCCAACGCCAACAUCCGCUACCGCUUCGUCAACGAGCGGGCCGCCCACGCCGUCUUCGAGAUCGACCCUCGCUCUGGCCUCAUCACCACCAGCGGGCCGGUGGACAGGGAGAAGAUGGAGAGGUACUCCUUGGUGGUGGAGGCCAACGACCAGGGGAGGGAGCCGGGGCCGCGCUCCGCCACAGUCAAGGUCUACAUCACGGUCCUUGACGAGAACGACAACACCCCUCAGUUCAGCGAGAAGCGCUACAUCGUCCAGGUGAGGGAGGACAUACGGCCCCACACCGAGAUCCUGCGCGUCACCGCCACGGACCUUGACAAGGACAACAACGCGCUGGUCCACUACAACAUCAUCAGCGGGAACAGCCGGGGCCAGUUCUCCAUCGACAGCGUCACUGGGGAGAUACAGGUGGUGGCCCCGCUGGAUUUUGAGGUGGAGCGGGAGUACGCCCUGAGGAUCCGGGCUCAGGACGCGGGGCGCCCUCCCCUCUCCAACAACACCGGCAUGGCCAGCAUCCAGGUGGUGGACAUCAACGACCACGCCCCCAUCUUUGUCAGCACCCCUUUCCAAAUCUCCGUCCUGGAGAACGCUCCCCUCGGCCACUCUGUCAUCCACAUCCAGGCCGUGGACGCGGACUAUGGCGAGAACGCGCGCCUGGAGUACAAACUGACGGGGGUUUCGGCUGACACACCCUUCGUGGUGAACAGUGCCACGGGGUGGAUCACGGUCAGCGGGCCCUUGGACCGCGAGUCAGUCGAGCACUAUUUUUUUGGGGUGGAGGCUCGGGACCACGGCUCUCCAUCUUUAUCCGCCUCCGCCAGCGUCACCAUUACCGUCAUGGAUGUCAACGACAACCGUCCCGAGUUCACCCAGAAGGAGUACUUCAUCCGCCUGAACGAGGACGCAGCCGUGGGGACCAGCGUCCUCAGCGUCACGGCAAUUGACCGGGAUGUGAACAGUGCCAUCACCUACCAGAUCACGGGAGGCAACACGCGGAACCGCUUUUCCAUCAGCACGCAAGGCGGGAUGGGGCUCAUCACUCUGUCUCUGCCGCUGGACUACAAGCAGGAGAGGCGCUACGUGCUCACCGUGACCGCCUCUGACCGCACCCUGCGGGACAACUGCCACGUUCACAUCAACAUCACCGAUGCCAACACGCACCGGCCCGUGUUCCAGAGCGCCCACUACUCUGUGAGCAUCAAUGAGGACCGGCCCGUGGGCAGCACCGUGGUGGUGAUCAGUGCCACAGACGAUGACGUGGGGGAAAACGCCCGCAUCACGUACUACCUAGAAGACAACGUCCCUCAGUUUCGUAUCGAUCCAGACUCCGGGGCCAUCACUCUCCAGGCACAACUGGACUAUGAGGACCAGGUCACCUACACCUUGGCUAUCACUGCCAAGGACAACGGGAUCCCCCAGAAAGCGGACACCACCUACGUUGAAAUCAUGGUGAAUGACGUUAAUGACAACGCCCCGCAGUUCGUCAGCCCUCAUUACCAGGGCAUGAUCUCUGAGGACGCACCUCCCUUCACCAGCGUGCUCCAGAUCUCUGCCACUGACCGGGAUGCCCACACCAACGGGCGAGUGCAGUACACCUUCCAAAACGGGGAGGAUGGGGAUGGAGACUUCACCAUAGAGCCCACCUCGGGGAUCAUUCGCACCGUCCGCAGACUGGACCGUGAGAACGUUCCCGUCUAUGAGCUGACUGCGUACGCUGUGGACAGGGGCAUCCCUCCUCAGCGAACUCCUGUCCACAUCCAGGUUACCAUUCAGGAUGUGAACGACAACGCCCCUGUCUUUCUUCCUGCUGAAGAGUUUGAGGUCUUGGUAAAGGAGAACAGCAUUGUAGGCUCUGUCGUGGCCCAAAUCACAGCCGUCGACCCGGAUGAGGGACCCAAUGCCCAGAUCAUGUACCAAAUUGUGGAAGGCAACAUCCCCGAGAUAUUCCAGAUGGACAUCUUUUCUGGGGAGCUCACAGCCUUGAUAGACCUGGAUUACGAGACGAAACCUGAGUACGUGAUUGUAGUGCAGGCCACCUCUGCCCCUCUGGUCAGCAGAGCCACGGUCCACAUCAAACUCAUUGACCAGAAUGACAACAGCCCUGUUCUCAAGAACUUCCAGAUCCUGUUCAAUAACUACGUGUCCAAUAAGUCCAACACCUUCCCCUCGGGGGUCAUAGGGAAGGUCCCAGCUUAUGACCCAGAUGUGUCCGACCGCCUCUUCUACACCUUUGAGCGGGGAAAUGAACUUCACUUGUUGAUUGUAAAUCAAUCGAGCGGGGAGCUGAGGCUGAGCCGUAAGCUGGACAACAACCGCCCGCUUGUGGCCUCCAUGCUGGUGACCGUCACAGAUGGGAUCCACAGCGUGACGGCCCAGUGUGUCCUGCGGGUGAUCAUCAUCACGGAGGACAUGUUGGCUAACAGCAUCACGGUGCGGCUGGAGAACAUGUGGCAGGAGCGCUUCCUCUCCCCGCUGCUGUCCACCUUCCUGGAAGGGGUGGCCACCGUGCUCGCGACGCCCAAGGAGGACAUCUUCAUCUUCAACAUCCAGAAUGACACAGACGUGGGCGGCAUGGUGCUCAACGUCAGCUUCUCGGCCCUGGCGCCACGGGGCGGGCGCUACUUCAGCUCGGAGGAGCUGCAGGAGCAGCUGUACAUGAAGCGCAUGGCACUGACGGGCGCCUCCAUGCUGGAGGUGCUGCCCUUCGAUGACAACGUCUGCUUGCGGGAGCCCUGCCAGAACUACAUGAAGUGCAUCUCCGUCCUCAAGUUUGACAGCUCUGCCCCCUUCAUCGCCUCCCCCUCCACCCUCUUUCGGCCCAUCCACCCCAUCACUGGCCUGCGGUGCCGCUGCCCGCAGGGCUUCACCGGGGACUACUGUGAAACGGAGAUCAACCUCUGCUACUCCAACCCCUGCCUGAAUGGCGGGAUCUGCACCCGCAAGGAGGGGGGAUACACAUGCAUUUGCCGCCAGCACUUCAGCGGCGAGAACUGCGAAGUGGACAGCCGCUCGGGGCGCUGCGUGACCCGCCGCUCGGGGCGCGGCGUGCCCGGCGUGUGCCGCAACGGCGGCCCCUGCACCAACGGCGCCGACGGGGGCUUUCGCUGCCAGUGCCCGGCAGGCGGCUUCGAGACGCCCUUCUGCGAGGUGUCCACGCGCUCCUUCCCACCGCGCUCCUUUGUCAUGUUCCGGGGCCUGCGCCAGCGCUUCCACCUCACCCUCGCCCUCUCGUUCAGCACCGUGGAGCCCAGCGGCCUCCUGCUCUACAAUGGGCGCCUGAACGAGAGGCACGACUUCUUGGCGGUGGAGAUCAUCCAGGGGCAGGUCCAGCUGAAAUACUCCACAGGAGAGUCCAGCACGGUGGUGAGCCCCUACCUGCCGGGGGGCGUGAGCGAUGGGCAGUGGCACACGCUGCAGCUCCGCUACUACAACAAGCCCAAGGUCAGCGCCCUGGGGGUGGUGCAGGGCCCCUCCAAGGACAAGGUGGCCAUCUUGACAGUGGACGAAUGUGACGCCUCAGUGGCCCUGCAAUUUGGCAGCGAAAUUGGGAACUACUCCUGCGCUGCAGAGGGUGUGCAGACCAGCUCGAAGAAGUCCCUGGACCUCACAGGUCCCUUGCUCCUCGGAGGGGUCCCCAACCUGCCGGAAAACUUCCCUGUCACUCACCGGGACUUUGUGGGAUGCAUGAGAGACCUGUACAUUGACAGCAAACGCAUUGACCUGGCCUCCUACAUUGCCAACAACGGAACCGCUGCAGGCUGCCACGCCAAGCACACGUUUUGUGACUCCAGCCCCUGCAAGAACGGUGGCACCUGCUCUGUCAGCUGGGGGACCUACUCCUGCCUCUGUCCUGUUGGCUUCGGGGGCAAAGACUGCCGCCACCCCAUGCACCAUGCCCACUAUUUCCAGGGCAACAGUGUCCUGACCUGGGACUUCAAGACAGACGUGAAGAUCUCAGUGCCGUGGUACCUGGGGCUGGCAUUUCGGACGCGGCAGCCAGACGGGGUGCUUCUGCAGGCCCAUGCUGGCCAGUAUACCACCCUGCUCUGCCAGCUGGCUGGGGGCCUCCUCUCCUUCAUGGUGAGCAGAGGGUCUGGCCGCAGCACCAGCCUCCUCCUAGACCAGCUGCAGCUCAGCGAUGGGAGAUGGCACGACCUCCAGCUGGAGCUGCGGGAUGUCCGCAGUGGGCGAGACUCACGCUACGUUAUCACCCUCACCCUGGACUUUGGGCUCUACCAGGACACAGUGGUUGUUGGAAAUGAACUGCAUGGCCUGAAGGUGAAACACCUGCACGUGGGGGGAGUCCUGGGAUCUGGCGAGGUGCAGAACGGGCUGAAGGGCUGCAUACAGGGUGUGCGACUGGGUGACAGCGUCACCGGGACCGCCCUGCCCAAGCCCAGCCAUGCCCUGCGGGUGGAGGCUGGCUGCAGCGUGCCGAGCCCUUGCGACUCCAGCCCCUGCCCGGCCAACAGCAUCUGCAAGGAUGAGUGGCAGAGCUACUCCUGUGUCUGCCAGCCAGGGUAUUACGGAGGGGACUGCGUGGAUGUGUGUCACCUCAACCCCUGCAAGAACAAGUCUGUGUGUCGCCGCAAGCCUGGCUCACCCCUGGGCUACGUGUGUGAGUGUGGAGAGAACUUUUUUGGGCAGUACUGCGAGCACAGGAUGGACCAGCAGUGUCCGAAGGGCUGGUGGGGGAACCCCACCUGCGGGCCCUGUAACUGUGAUGUGAACAAGGGCUUUGACCCCGACUGCAAUAAAACCAACGGGCAGUGCCACUGCAAGGACUUCCACUACCACCCCAAAGGCAGCGACGCCUGCCUGCCUUGCGACUGCUACCCCGUGGGCUCCACCUCGCGCUCCUGCGACAAGGAGACGGGCCGGUGCCACUGCCGGCCUGGGGUCAUCGGGCGCCAGUGCAAUAGCUGCGACAGCCCUUUUGCCGAGGUGACGCCCAGCGGCUGCGAGGUGCUCUACGAUGGCUGCCCCAAAAGCCUGAAGGCGGGUGUGUGGUGGCCCCAGACCAAGUUUGGCUUCUCGGCUGCGGUGCUGUGUCCCAAAGGCUCCUUGGGUGCAGCCAUCAGACACUGUGAUGAGGAGAAGGGCUGGCUGGAGCCAGAUCUCUUCAACUGCACUUCACCUGCCUUCAAGGAGCUCUCCGUGCUGCUGGAGGGCUUGGAGAGGAACGAGACUGAGCUCAACACAAUUGAAGCCAAGAAGCUGGCCCACCGGCUCCGGGCUGUGACAGACCACAUGGACCACUACUUUGGCAAUGACGUGCACAUCACUUUCCGCCUGCUGUCCCGCCUCAUGGCCUUUGAGAGCCGGCAGCGUGGCUUUGGCCUGACAGCCACGCAGGAUGCCCACUUCAAUGAGAACCUGCUGCGCGCAGGCAGCUCCGUGCUGGCGCCCGAGAACCGGGAGCACUGGGCCAUGCUGCCACACAGUGAGCACGGCAGUGCCAGCCUCAUGGAGCAGCUGCGGGACUACUCGGGCACGCUGGCCAGCAACAUGAAACUCACCUACCUCAACCCCGUCGGCGUCAUCACCCCCAACAUCAUGCUGAGCAUCGAUCGCAUGGAGAACCACUCCCAUGUCCGCCGGCGCUACCCUCGCUACCACAGCAGCCUCUUCCGCGGCCAGCCCGCCUGGGACCCCCACACCCAUGUUGUGCUGCCGCUGUCGGUGCUGAGCCCCCCGAAAGCUGAAGCUGCCGCCACGGCGGUGCCCACGCUGGCUGGGGGCGAAGGGAACUACACUGUGGAGAACUCCUCCCCGAGGCAGGUGCUGCCAGAGCCUGAGCCCGCUCUCACCGUGAUCAUCCUCAUCAUGUACCGCACCCUGGGGGGGCUGCUGCCUGCACGCUACCAGGUGGAUCGCCGCAGCAUCAGGCUCCCCAAGAAUCCCGUGAUGAACUCCCCCAUCGUGAGCGUGUCUGUGUUCAGCAAUCACACCUUCCUGCGGGGGCCCCUGGACACCCCACUCGUGCUGGAAUUUUGCCUGCUGGAGACGACCAACAGGAGCAAACCUCUCUGCGUCCAGUGGAACCACUCCAGCCCGACCAACCCCUCUGGCUUCUGGACAGCCAGGGACUGCGAACUUGUGUACCGAAACGCCACACACGUCCACUGCCAGUGCUCCCAGUUUGGCACCUUUGGGGUUCUCAUGGACAGCUCGCACCGAGAGCAACUGGAAGGUGACCUGGAGACAUUGGCAAUUGUCACCUAUUCCUUGGUGUCUCUCUCCUUGGUGGCUCUGCUGCUCACCUUCUCCUUCCUGACCUGCCUCAAAGGCCUCAAGUCCAACACACGUAGCAUCCACUCCAACAUAUCAGUCACCCUCUUCUUCUCUGAGCUGCUCUUUCUCCUGGGCAUCAACCGCACUGAGAACCAGGUCUGUGGGCUUGAACAAGCACGCCCAUGGGGGUGGGGGUGAUGCGUGGAUGAUGCAUGGCUUUUGUCUCCCCAGUUUCUUUGCACUGUGAUUGCCAUCCUCCUCCACUGCUUCUUCCUCUCCACCUUCGCCUGGCUCUUUGUCCAGGGCCUCCACAUCUACCGCAUGCAGACGGAAGCCCGCAAUGUCAACUUCGGGGCCAUGCGUUUCUACUAUGCCAUCGGCUGGGGAGUGCCCGCCAUCAUCACCGGGCUGGCCGUUGGCCUGGAUCCUGAGGGCUACGGGAACCCUGACUUCUGCUGGAUUUCCAUUCAUGAUAAGCUGGUCUGGAGCUUUGCAGGCCCCAUUACUGUCGUCAUUGUGAUGAAUGGGGUCAUGUUCCUGCUUGUGGCCAAGAUGUCCUGUUCCCCAGGCCAAAAGGAGACCAAGAAGAAAUCGGUUCUCAUGACGUUACGGAGCUCCUUUGUUCUGCUUCUAGUUAUUAGCACUACCUGGCUCUUUGGCCUCUUGGCUGUCAACAACAGUGUCCUGGCUUUCCACUACCUCUACACUGUCCUCUGCAGCCUCCAGGGCCUGGCUGUGCUGGUCCUGUUCUGCGUGCUGAACGAGGAGGUGCGGGAGGCCUGGAAGCUGGCCUGCCUCGGCAAGAAGGGGCAGAGCGAGGAGGCCACGAGGAGCACGCAGGUGGGCGAGACCAGGAGCAGCCCAGGGGGCCCCAACGCCUACAACAACACGGCGCUGUUUGAGGAGAGCGGGCUCAUCCGCAUCACCCUGGGGGCCUCCACCAUCUCGUCGGUGAGCAGCGUGCGCUCUGCCCGCACCCACUCCAGCCAGCGGGCUUACCUCAGAGACAACGUGACGGCGCGUCAGGGCUCGACCCUGGAUCACAGCCUGCUGGCUCAUGCCGGCCCCACGGACAUUGACGUGGCCAUGUUCCACCGUGAUGCCGGGGGAGACCAGGACUCGGACUCGGAUAGUGACCUGUCUCUGGACGAAGAGCGCAGCCUCUCCAUCCCGUCCUCGGAGAGCGAGGAGAACGUGCGCCUGCGGGGCCGCUUCCAGCGCCAGUUCAAGCGGGCAGCACACAGUGAACGCCUCCUCACUAACCCUGCCAACACCACUCCCAAAGACGUGGAUGGCAAUGACCUCAUGUCAUACUGGCCGGCUCUGGGCGAGUGUGAGGUUCACCCCUGCUCCCUGCAGAAGUGGGGCUCCGAGCGGAAGCUGGGAUUCGACAUCAACAAGGAUGCGGCCAACAAUAAUCAGCCAGACCUAGCCUUGACCAGCGGGGAUGAGAACUCCCUCACCCAGACCCAAAGGCAAAGAAAAGGGAUUUUGAAGAACCGCCUCCAGUACCCUCCGACUCUCCAAGGUUUGCCAUCCGUCGGCAGGAUGACCAAUGAGCUGACGUGGUACAAGACCUCCACGCUGGGUCACAGGGCUGUCCCCGCCGCCUCCUACGGCAGGAUCUACUCUGGGGCGGGCAGUCUGUCACAGCCAGCCAGCCGGUACUCGUCACGGGAGCAGCUUGACAUGCUGAUGAGGAGACAGAUGUCCCGGGAGCAGCUGAGCAGACACAACUCAGGAGAGUGCUUGGAAGCCGUGCCCAGCCGGCACGGGUCCAGGGAGGAGGUGGACACUAUCCCCAGCAGGCAUGGGUCUACCGAACACCUGGAAAACCUCCUCGACGCCCUCCGCAAUGUGCCCCUCGACGCCUCGCUCCGCCACCUCCCACAGCAUUUCGGAGCUGUCGCCAGACUCAGAUGGGCUGGCACGCGGGAGGGCCGGGCGGCCAUGGCGGCGGAGAUGGCGCUGAGCCACCGGGCACCCCGUGAGGCGCUGAGCGAGGCUGACCUGGAGGAGGUGGCACAGCGGAUACCUCCCGCCAAGUCCUCGCUGCGCAGCUGUCUCCGCAAGACCAGCUUCCGAUCCCUGCCCUUCCUGCAGUGGCUGCCCCGCUACCCAGUCAAGGAGUGGCUGCUGGGGGACAUAGUCUCAGGCUUCAGCGUGGGCAUCAUGCACCUGCCCCAGGGUCUCGCCUACGCACUGCUGGCCGGGCUGCCACCCGUCACCGGUCUCUAUUCCUCCUUCUACCCUGUCUUCCUCUACUUCUUCUUUGGGACAUCCAGGCACAACUCCGUGGAGGUCCUGGUGCUGACCUUGGGCUCCCUGCCCAUACCCUGCCUGGCCCCAGGCCCCUUUGCUGUUAUCUCCGUCAUGAUCGGGAGCGUGACGGAAUCCCUGGUGCCCAGCGAGAACUUCCUGGAGUCCGUCAACGGCACCAACAUCACGAUGGUCAAUGAGGAACGGCGCGACGCUGCCAGGGUGGAGCUGGUGGCCACCAUUACUAUCCUGACAGGCAUCUUCCAGGUGGCCCUGGGCCUCCUGCAGUUCGGCUUCGUGGUGACCUACCUCUCGGACCCGCUGGUGCGCGGCUACACCACCGCCUCCUCCGUGCACGUCCUCAUCUCCCAGCUCAAGAAUGUCUUUGGGGUCUCCGUGGGCGAGCACUCGGGGCCACUUUCGAUGUUCAUGACCCUCAUUGAGAUCUGCCAGAAGCUUCCAGAGACCAACGUGGGCACCCUGGUGACAGCCAUCAUUGCCAUGGUGGCCAUCUUCAUUGUGAAAGAGCUCAACCACAAGUUUGCCUCCAAGCUGCCCAUGCCCAUCCCCAUCGAGCUUAUCACGAUCAUCGUCUCCACCGGCAUCUCCUACGCCGUCAACCUGAACGCCAAGUUUGGCAUCACCGUGGUGGGCAACCUCCCCAGCGGGUUGAAGCCACCCAAGGGCCCUAACAUCAGCUACUUUGGGCAGGUGGUGGGCAACGCCUUCGCCAUUGCUGUGGUGGGCUAUGCCAUCUGCAUCUCCCUGGGCAAGAUCUUUGCCCUGAAGCAUGGCUACAAAGUGGACAGCAACCAGGAGCUGAUCGCGCUGGGCUUCAGCAACUUCCUGGGGGGCUUCUUCCAGUGUUUCGCCAUCAGCUGCUCCAUGUCGCGCAGCCUGGUGCAGGAGAGCACAGGGGGCAACAGCCAGGUAGCUGGGAUCAUCUCAUCCCUGGUCAUCCUGGUGACCAUCCUGAAGAUCGGAGAGCUCUUCCGGGACCUGCCCAAGGCCAUCCUGGCUGCCAUCAUCAUCAUCAACCUCAAGGGCAUGUUCAAGCAGUUCAAUGAUCUCUGCAUGCUCUGGAAGUCCAACCGGGUGGACCUGAUGGUCUGGAUUGUGACAUUCGUGGCCACCCUCUUGCUGAACUUGGAUAUCGGCCUGGCAGUCUCGGUGGCCUUCGGGCUGCUCACUGUCAUCUUCCGCACCCAGGUGCCCCACUACUCCGUCCUGGGGCGCAUCGCCGACACCGAUGUCUACAGGGACGUGGCUGAAUACCAGAUGGCACAGGAGGUCCCCGGUGUGAAGAUCUUCCGCUCCUCCGCCACCCUCUAUUUUGCCAACGUGGAGCUGUACGCCGAGGCCCUGAAGAAGAAGAGCGGCGUCAACGUGGACCGCUUGAUCAAGAAGAAGAAGGCGGCUGUCAAGAAGCUGAAGAGACAGCAGAAGAAAGCGGAGAAGGAGAAAGCAAAGAGAAAAAAGGAUGGGGAGGAUGGGCUUAACGGUCCAGGUGUGGCGGUGAUCGAGCUGAGCGGGGCGGAGGGGAGCGCGCCCCCCGAGCCCACCCUGCGCACCCUGGGGCUGCCCCAGCCCGGCUUCCACUCUCUCAUCUUGGACUUCAGCCCCGUCAGCUUCGUGGACACCGUCUCCAUCAAGAUCCUGAAGAACAUCUUCAGGGAUUUCCAUGAGAUAGAAGUGGACGUCUUCAUUGCCAGCUGCCCCGUGACCGUCCUUGAGCAGCUGGAGCGGGGCAACUUCUUCAGCUCGGCCAUCACCAAGCACUGCUUCUUCCCCUCGGUGGACAACGCCGUGGUCCACAUCAGCGGGGAGCGGCGCCGGGCCUCGGCGGCUUUAUUGACUUUGACAAGGAACCGAGGUGCUGCCACCUACGCCCAGACACUCCAUAAUAUCCCUGAGACCCAGGUCACCACCCUGGACAAUGGUCUCCGCGUAGCUUCGGAGGAGUCCAAUCAGCCAACGUGUACGGUGGGUGUCUGGAUCGGGGUGGGGAGCCGCCAUGAAAACGAGAAGAACAACGGGGCCGGUUACUUCCUGGAACAUCUGGCCUUUAAGGGCACAAAGAAGCGUCCUGGCGCUGCCUUUGAGAAGGAGGUGGAGAGUAUGGGUGCUCACCUGAACGGGUACACCUCGCGGGAGCAGACUGCCUAUUACAUAAAAGCCUUGUCCAAGGACAUGCCCAAAGUUGUAGAGCUUCUGGCUGACAUUGUGCAGAACUGUGCACUGGAGGAGUCUCAGAUUGAGAAGGAACGUGGCGUCAUCCUUCAGGAGUUGAAAGAAAUCGACACCAACUUGACGGAUGUUACCUUUGAUUACCUUCAUGCCACUGCUUUCCAGGGGACUGCGCUGGCCCGCACUGUCGAGGGGACCACGGAGAACAUCAAGCAUCUGACUCGAGCAGAUCUAGCUUCAUACGUUGAUACUCACUUCAAGGCACCUCGUAUGGUCCUGGCAGCUGCUGGAGGUAUUUCCCACAAAGAGCUGGUAGACGUAGCUAGGCAACACUUCAGUGGAGUGCCUUUUACGUACAAAGAGGAUGCUGUGCCUGUCCUCCCGCGCUGUCGCUUCACAGGGAGUGAGAUCCGUGCCAGAGAUGAUGCGCUGCCCGUUGCCCAUAUUGCUCUUGCCGUGGAGGGGCCAGGAUGGGCUGAUCCAGAUAACGUUGUCCUCAACGUGGCUAAUGCUGUCAUUGGACGCUACGACCGCACGUUUGGAGGUGGUAAGAAUCAGUCCAGCAGGCUGGCUACGCUUGCUGUGGAGCAUAAUCUCUGCCACAGUUUCCAGACGUUCAACACCUCUUACUCCGAUACCGGCCUCUUCGGUUUCCAUUUUGUUUCUGAUCCUCUGUCGAUAGAUGAUAUGCUGUAUUGUGCUCAGGGGGAGUGGAUGCGCCUGUGCACUAGUGCCACAGAGUCGGAGGUGAAGAGAGCCAAGAACUAUCUCCGAAACGCCAUGGUGGCUCAACUGGAUGGCACUACACCGGUGUGUGAGAAUAUUGGAAGCCAUCUCUUAAACUACGGACGCCGUAUCCCUCUGGAGGAAUGGGAUGCCAGGAUUGCUGCCGUUGACGCAAGAAUGGUGAGAGAAGUCUGCAGUAAAUACAUUUAUGACAAAUGCCCGGCAAUUGCAGCAGUUGGUCCCAUCGAACAGCUUUUGGAUUACAACCGUAUCCGCAGUGCCAUGUACUGGAUCCGUUUCUAGGACGUGUCCCUGCAGGUUGGAAAUAGCGAAGCUGUGGACUGUGACAGGUUCCCUCUGGCUCUGAAUGUCUUGUGCACCAGGGGCAAGAUGAGUCCCAUCAAAAUGGCUGUCUUCUCGGUGUUAAAUGUAUAAAAAUAAAAAUAAAUAUAUCCUAUAUGGAGCUGGUUCUGCUGGGAGUC